UUUCUGAACACUCAAAUUGUGCAGAAAAGAGGACCGUGUUUUGCAGUAUCAGUUUGUCUCCAGGCUUCAAGCCAGAGUAUCAAUUUCGUAAACUUUCUGACUUUCCACUACAAUGGAUGUGGACGCCAGCCUGAGAGUUGUUGGCUUAGUGGGCCGCGUGCAAAUCACUAACUUUGUGAUCUUUGGAAUGGGCCUGUCUUUAGCGGCCAUACAGCUUACAGGCAUCGCUUUUACCGUCGACCAAUCUAUAGCGCAUUACUGUAAGCCGGCGCCGGGAUUUUCGGCCAAUGAAACUGUAGUGUACGUCGAAAAAGAUGGUCUCGAAGUACCGGACGGCUGUUACAUGUACGAGGUCGACAACGGAACAUUUGAGGACACAACGAUUUGUCAGUACGGCUGGGAAUAUACUCCAGAAUAUGGAGAAAAAAGUGCAACGACGGAUCUUGACCUUGUCUGCGACCGUGGCUAUCUGGCUAAUCUACUGAUGUCAUGUCACUUUGCUGGUAUCCUUGUCGGUGGUUUUAUCACUGGCCAAGCCGCGGACAUGUUCGGUCGACGCGUGGUCAGCAUGACUACUUUGCUUCUGAUGAGUGUGCUGGGCACAGCCAUCAGCUUCACGUGGAACUUGCAGCUCCUGAUGGCCCUGAGAUUCAUCUUAGGUGUGGCAAUACCGGGAAAUUCUUUGGUUGGUUACAUCCGAGCGGUGGAGAUGUUCACAGCUAAAAAAAGAUUACUGGGCCACGUGUGCGUCCAGUAUUUCUGGAGUUUUGGUGUCAUUCUCGUCGCACCUUUGGCGUACUUGUUCCCCAACUGGCGUUACUUCCAACUUUUCACCUCAUUGAUAUGCCUACCAGUCCAUGUCAUUAUGUGGUUCUUCACAUACGAGUCACUACGAUGGUUGGUUCAGAAAGGCUGGUUGGACAAGGCAGAGGCCGUUCUCCGGAAAAUUGCCAAAUCCAAGAACAUCAAGCACGACGGAAGCUUCCUUGUGAAGCGGGAACUGGAAGGUGUGCGCCUGGUGGGGAAGAUGGAGUUGUCCGAGAAAUCAAACCACGAUCGAGCUAGCGGCCCCCAGCACGAGAGCCUUACUGCGGACGUGGGAGAAACUAAUCAAGAACUGAUGAUGGAAGAGAAGAUGGAAACUUUUACCAAGCCAGGUGAAAAGGAGCAGACCAAAUCGAAUAAGAAAAAGAAAUACACCGUGCUUGACCUCUUCAAGACUAAAGUUCUCAUCAAACGCACCUGCAUCGUCUUCUGUCUGUGGUAUGUCAUGAAUGCAACUAAUUAUGGCUUCAUCGUGUAUGCGACCAGUCUGGCAGGCAACAAAUACCUGAACUUCUUCCUACUGGCUCUAGCUGAGGCACCGGCCUACGCUAUUGACUUUUUCAUCGUUAGAAGAUUUGGUAGGAGGAGGCCUCUUAUCGUGUUCUUCUUUACCGGCGCAGUGGCUUGUCUGCUGAUUGCCUUUCUGCCCUCGAAAACAGCCAGUGGAACAGAUUUAACAGUUAUUAUCGUCAUCCUGGCUAUGAUCGGUAAAUUCUAUGCCAACGCGACCUUUGAGGUGACAUUACUGAUGGGUGCAGAGAUCUUCCCCACAAUGCUACGAAACAUUGCGACAGGCAGCGCGUCUACAUUUGGGAGGAUCAGUGGCAUCGUCGCACCAUUCAUUGUCUAUUUACAAGAAGUCCGGAGCUUUCUUCCCAUGCUGAUAUUUGGUUGUCUGUCGCUGGUAGCCUGCAGCCUUGUGUUCAUGCUGCCGGAGACCAAGAACAAACCUCUCCCGGAGACAUAUGAAGACGCCAACAAAUUGUCUAAGGACUGAGGUCACGUAAAUAUUCAGAAACAAAAUAAUUCAAAUUAUCGCUUGUUUAAUUGCCAGAAUAUCCCCGUCAGUUUAAACAAAAUAUGGGGGCUCUAGGAGCUUUUCUUUUCUACGUAUGGGGUGAUAUUGUGACAAAUUUAGCAACUGAUUUUGAUGUGAUAAUGGUCUUGGGUCACAGUCAGUGGUAAAGUAUGUACAGAUCAUCGCCUGUGCGAAAUGAACUGCAACAUCUUUAAAUGAAUGAAAACAAAGAAUGAUUACUCACGACAAUAACACAUGUGAGUCUGUUAUUAAUCAAGACAAUCAAAAGGUCUUCCAACAUUUAGAACUUACUUUUCUUCAGGGAUGCCAACAACUUUGUCAAUAAUCUUCAACAUCGGUGUGCCCUCAAGUUGAACGGUGCUCAAUUUCCAUGUUAGAAAGAAACCACACUUUAUGGGUGGACGUUUGGUUUACGCUUAAAAUUGGAUUUCCAGGAAUGGCAACUUUCACGAAUGUCAAUUAUAGCUAGUGUGUAGCAUUCCAUGUUCAUGUCUUAUCUUUGAUAUUUCCUAUACUGUUGUGUUUCUGAGUGUUUAAUUGUAAUUAAGGUGUUUAUCACGAGAAUUAUCAGGAAUUAGUUUGCCGUUUACUGGAAGCGUGUCAGUUAGAAAACUUGGUAUAAGUACGUUUAAAUUCAACAUGUAGUUUUUAUUUUAAAAAUCCGUCUUUCGAUGGGAAUGCGUUUUGUUGUUAUUUUGUAAAAAAAACUGCAUUUUUAUUAAUAACACAUAAUUACUCUGCUCUUCUUAUAUGUGUAAUGAAGUUGAGAAAAGGAGGCGCUUAGUCGUUCCCGAAAUAAAACCAGCAUUUUAACUUUUUGUACAUAAGCUCUUAGGGUACAUAGAGCAUAUUUAUACGUACCUCUUUCUCAAGACAACUCUUUGUUACAGACUCCAGAAAUAUGUGCACAUGAUGUUGUACAACGAACAAACAGACAUCGGCUUGAGAACAUCUUUCAAAUGUAUCGAACAAGCAUGGUUUUUUUUGCAGAAAGUAUUGUAAAUGCGCUGUGUAUCAUGUCAUACUAGACUUCAAAGCAGCUUUGUGGCGCUCUGUUAGUACGUGAUGCGUUUAGAAUAUG